UAAACUUUAAAAAAAACAUCAAUCCAACCGAUCACACCCUUCCAGACUCAAGACUCACACUCAGACUCAGUUCAACCCCUGAAGUUCGAGACUCAAGAAUCUUGAUACUUCAACUUCACUCUUUCUUUCAAAAAAUAUCAAGAUCCAUGGCCAACAAUCAAAACUCACCAAUACCACUCCCAACAAGAGUCGGUAACCUAAUCCAAACCCAUCGUAAAACUUUACUAAUCUCAAUCACUAUAGCAAUAGCACUUGCAGCUGGUACAAUUUAUUUUGGAUCGUCUUCUUCCAACAACACAACCACCACCCCAACCACAACAACAAAUGAAAAAGAAAAGAAAAAGAAAAAAGAAGGAAAGAAAUCAAAAAAGAAAACCAAAAAAUCAUCAGCUCCUUCUACACCUACUCUUGAUUCAAAUUCAAAUUCAAACCAAAACCAAAACCAAAACCAAACUGAAAAAAUCAUCAAUUCUAAAGAAGAUUCAAGUGAUACUGAAAUAGAUCCAUUAACAUUAACCAAAACUCAAAUCGAAUCAUUACCUAAAUCAAAACGAGAAAGUUAUGCAUUCGAAUUAAAAACCAAAGGAAAUAAAUCAUAUCAAUCAAGAGAGUUUGAAGAAGCGAUUAAAUGUUAUACCAAAGCUAUCGAAUGUGAAGAGAAAGCUGUUUAUUAUAGUAAUCGAGCUGCUUGUUUUACUCAUUUGAACGAUUCAGAAUCGGUUAUUAAAGAUUGUACAGAUGCACUUAGACUAGACAAGAAUUAUAUAAAAGCAUUGAAUAGAAGAGCAGCAGCACGAGAGCUAUUAGGAGGUGAAGAAAACUUAUUAUUAUCACUUUAUGAUUUCACGGCUUGUGUGAUUUUAGAUGAAUUUAAAACUGAUACAAAAGGUGUGGCUGCUGAUCGAGUGAUGAAACGGUAUGCUAGUGAAAGAGCUAAACAACUUAUUAAGGAACGAGGACCGAGAUUACCAUCAGCAAUGAUCAUCCGAGCCUACCUAAACGCAUUCCGACCUAAACCGAAACCUGAAUUACCAGAAGAACCCAAUCAAGGAGACCGAACACUAGAUCUAGCUUAUGAUGCACUAGAAGCCUACAAGUAUGAACACGCAUGUAGUUUGUUUAUGGAAGCAGUAGAACAAGUGCCCAGUACCGAACAUCUUCGAGCGAAUGCAUACAUGAUGAAAGCUACCUUCUUAUUCUUGAUGGGACAAUCAGCCUUAGCCUUAGAAACGUUUAAUGAAGCUUUAGUACAUGAACCGGGAUUGAUUCAAGCAUGGGUUCGAAAAGCAAGUGUGGAUGUGGAAUUGGGUUCAUUGGAAAGAGCUAUGGAAGAUUUUCAAGUAGCUUUAUCGAUUAAUGAAUCAGAAGCCGAUAUUUAUUAUCAUCGAGCACAAGUUUAUAAUGUUACAGAACAACAUCAUUUAGCGAUUUCGGAUUAUGAGAAAUCUAUCGAACUGGAUCCUACGUUUAUCUUUAGUCAUGUUCAAUUAGCUGUAGCGAUUUAUAAAACUGGUGAUGUGAAACGAUCGAUGGAAAUGUUUGAAGGUUAUCUUAAAUCUCAUGAGAACGUACCGGAAGUUCAUAAUUAUUUUGGUGAACUUUUAUUUGCUGAAAGAAGGUUUGAUGAAGCUAUGAAACAAUUUGAUUUAUCUAUUGAAUUAGAUCAACAAAGACCAGGACCGAGAAACGUACAUCCAUUAGUCAACAAAGCCAUGGUCUAUGCCACUUCAUCAUCCAACAUAGAAAAAGCCAUUGAAUUAUGUCAAGAAGCCUUAAAGAUCGAUUCAAGAUGUGAUGCAGCUAUUCAACAGAUUGCUCAAUUCAAAUUACAAACUUCACAGAUGAAAGAAGCAGCUGAAUGGUUUGGAAAAGGUGUAGAAGUGGCUAUGACGGAAAUGGGUUUGAAUCAGUUUUUACAAUUCGAGGCGGCUGCUAAGGCUCAACAAGCUUUUGUUAGUGAAUAUCCUGAGCAUGCUGCUCGAUUUGGUUUAUAAAUUUCAAAACUACCCAACCAAACCAAACCAAACCAAAAAAAAAGGAAACCAAAAUGGGAAUAGAUAUAACAUGAUUUAUAAAAAAUGUGGUUUUUUUUUAUCUGAUCGAUUUAUAUUGAUAAAAAUUUAAUUAUUUAACUG